AGCACACCCCUCUGGCUUAUUGAAUAUUCAUGAUUGGAAAGGAGGCGAUGAGAUGGGCUAUUGUGAGUGAUGAUGAAUAAUAGCGUAUGAAGCGCUGUCUAGUAUUCGAAGAUGCGUCUGCUUAACCUUUUCCGUUCUUGACGUCUAACCUUCUAAGGAAGAAGUAAGCGGUUAUCUCUACCUCGAUUUCCUUUUUUACGGAAUAGCCUGUAAUUAAUCGCAGCAAUUGGUUACCCACUCGAAACUGCAAUGACAAAUGUAACAGGUCGUACAAAUGCAGCGUUAUAGCGCUCAGAUCACGUCUGUCCUUGGACCAUAUCAGGCUACAUUUUGCUACAUUGCUGAGCCACAGGUGUUCUCUUUACUUUUGAAUUUACAUCCACCCAGGCAUAUUCCAAUCUUGAGGAUGGCAACGAAGUGUUUGGUGUUCGGCACACAAUGUGUUGCCAAGAGUGACCACAGCCAGCCCAAAACUGGUGAACUGGCCUAUCGCAAAGGAGACAUCCUCACUAUUAUGAGAACAGGAACAGGGAAAGAACAUUACAAGGCCAGACACAACACCACAGGAGAGGAAGGACUCAUCUCUGUCACCAACAUGCGAGAGCGAGAGGCCAUUCGUGUCGACCCCAGUCUCAGUCUCAUGCCCUGGUUCCAUGGGAAGAUCUCAGGUCCCGAGGCGGUGUCCAAGCUGCGGCCUGUAGAGGAUGGCCUGUUCCUGGUGCGGGAGUCCAUCCGCCACCCUGGUGACUAUGUGCUCUGUGUCGGCUACUCCAGCCAGGUCAUCCACUACCGAGUCAUGUACCAGCACAGGAAACUGACCAUCGACAACACCCAGUACUUCUACAACCUCAUAGACAUGAUAGAGUUCCACUCCAAGCACAAGGGAGCUAUCGCCACAAAACUUCUGAAGCCCAAAGAUAAGGAGGGCACCAAGUCAGCUGAGUUGGAGCUGUCUAAAACGGGGUGGCUGCUGGACAUCAGGAAGCUGACCUUGGGAGAGAGUAUCGGAGAGGGGGAGUUUGGAGCGGUGUUUGAAGGAGACUACAUUGGCCAGAAGGUGGCAGUAAAGAACAUUAAAUGUGAUGUAACGGCACAGGCAUUCUUAGAAGAGACCACUGUUAUGACGAAACUGCAGCAUAAGAACCUGGUGCGGUUGUUGGGGGUGAUCGUAGACAAUGGACUGCACAUCGUCACAGAGCUCAUGGCCAAGGGUAAUCUGGUGAACUUCCUCCGGACGAGGGGCCGUUUUGUCAUUCGCACUGGCCAGCUACUACGUUUUGCACUAGAUGUGUGCGAGGGCAUGGAGUACCUGGAGUCUAAGAGGUUGGUUCACAGAGACCUAGCGGCCCGUAACAUCCUGGUCUCCAACGAGGGCGUGGCCAAAGUCAGUGACUUUGGGUUGACCAAGGUGGACUACAAGGCCUCGGACAACGCUAAACUACCAGUCAAAUGGACAGCCCCUGAGGCCCUGAAGAAAGAGAAAUUCUCCACGCGGUCAGACGUAUGGAGCUAUGGUGUUCUCCUCUGGGAGACGUUCUCCUACGGUCGACAGCCCUACCCCAAGAUGGUGUUCCAGAGGUCUUCGCUCGUGAGAGUCUGUGAAGGAGGUGAAGGAGCGGGUGGAGCAGGGUUACCGUAUGGAGGCUCCAGAGGAGUGCCCCCACAGUGUCUACGCCCUGAUGAGGGGCUGCUGGGAGGCCGAGCCCAAGAAAAGGCCCUCCUUUCAUAAACUACAGGAGAAGAUAGAGAGAGAGCUGACCAAACACAGCCCUGGGCCUGCCUGCUGAGGUCACCUCAAUAAUACUAUUCAAAUAACUAUUGUUCUUUGUUUAGAGCUGCCUGGAGUGGUGGCCUGAAGUGAGCCAGAACCAACAGAAGGCUGGUCAGGGCUGGAUCUAAUGGUAGUGGCUCAUAAAGAGGCUGAACAUUGGCUGAUUUUGUGAAGGAGACAUGCAGCAUACAUCUUUCUUAGAUUAUCAAUGAGCCUUUAUGCACACUCACUAUGACUCCAUACUAUAAACAGCAGUGAAAUGUGGACAUGGGUUUCUCUAUGGCAGAAUCACUGUCUGAAGAAAAUUAUCUUUGCAACAAAUAAACUCCAGCCAUCAGAACUAACUGUACAAAAACAAAACUAUGUAGUGCCUUCAGAAAGUGUUCAUACCUUGACUACAUUUAGUUGUUAAGCCUGAAUUUUUUUUAAACUAUCACCCAUCUACACACUACCCCAUAAUGACAAAGUGAAAAAAAAUGUUUUAACAUUUUUGCAAAUGUUUUGAAAAUUAAGUACAGAAAUACAGUGAGCUCCAAAAGUAUUGGGACAAUGACACAUGUGUUGUUAUUUUGGCUCUGUACUUCAGCACUUUGGAUUUGAAAGGAUACAAUGACUAUGAGGUUAAAGUGCAGACUGUCAGCUUUAAUUUGAGGGUAUUUUGAACUGUUUAGAAAUUACAGCACUUUUUGUACAUAGUCCACCAUUUUAGGGGUCCAAAAGUCUUGGGACAAAUUCACCAUGAUUACAGAUAAUCGUGAAUAAAUCGUGAAUAAUGAUGAGUGAGAAAGUUACAGAGGCAUAAGUAUAAUCAAUAAUCAUGGUAGCAUUCAUAUUAAUGUAGAAGUGUUUAGAAACAUAUUCUUAUUUACAAUAAAAGUGACUCCAAAAUGGCACAAUACAUUAUUUACCAUUUAUUUCUAUUGGGCACAAAAUAAUCUGAAACACAACCAAAACAAACUGCAAAUGCAUCCAACAAGUGUGUACAGUCACAGGCUUAAUGUAGUUAUUGUGUGCUAGGAAUAUGGGACCAAAUACUUAACUUUCAACUACUUUAAUACACAUAUAAGUGAAUUUGUCUACACUUGUUGUAUUCGGCGCAUGUGAAAAAUAACAUUUUAAUUGACAUUUAGAGCCCAUUGUAUCUAAUUUACAUAAGUAUUCACACACCUAAGUUAAUACAUGUUACAAUCACAUUAGGCAGCAAUUACAAUUGUGAGUCUUUCUGGGUAAGAGCUUUGUACACCUGGAUUGAACAAUUUUUACACAUUAUUCUUUAAAAAAUUCUUCAAGCUCUGUCAAGUUUGUUGUUGAUCAUUGCUAGACAGCCAUUUGUAAGUCUUGCCAUAGAUUUUGAACUAGGUCACUCAUGGAUGUUCAAUGUCAUCUUGGUAAGCAACUCCAGUGUAUAUUUGGCAUUGUGUUUUAGGUUAUUGUCCUGCUGAAAGGUGAAUUUGUCUCAGUGUCUGUUGGAAAGCAGACUGAACCAGGUUUUCCUGUAGGAUUUUGCCUGUGCUUAGCUUUAUUCCAUUAAUUUUUUAUCCUAAAAAACAGGGCGGCAGGUAGCCAUAGUGGUUAGAGCAUUGGGCCAGUAACCAAAAGAUUGCUGGAUCGAAUCCUCGAGCUGACAAGGUAAAAAUCUGCCGUUCUGCCCCUGAGCAAGGCAGUUAACCCACUGUUCCCCAGGUGCCGAAGACGUGGAUGUCGAUUAAGGCAGCCCCCGCACCUCUGAUUCAGAGGGGUUGGGUUAAACGCGAAAGACACAUUUCAGUUUAAGGCAUUCAGUUAUACAACUUCCCCUUUUGGAAUAUUUUUGUUCUGUACAGGCUUCCUUCUUUUCACUGUCAUUAUGGAGUCACUACUAAUGUUGUUGAUCCAUCCUCAAUUUUCUCCUAUUACAGCCAUUAAACUCUGCAACUGUUUUAAAGUCA